UAGACGUACUGCUUCCGCUUCCGUUCCUGUUUUUUUUUUGUCAACAGUGGGCAGCACGAGUUGGCCAGGAGAAAAAAUGCCGAAGAAUCGCAAACCGAAGGGCAAACCCGCGGAAAAGGUUGUCCAUCCGUAUAGCAGGAAAGCUGCCUACUUGGCCAGUGAGGAAAUACGGCUAAAGAAGAAAGAAAGACAGAAGAUUGACAAGGCAGCACGUCUGAACACCAUCGGAGAGAAGCUGCUGUGGUUCCAGGCGCAGUUGGACCCGCAAAAGACCAGUUACAGCAAAAAAGAUGCUUGUGACGUCAUUGAGAGGUACCUCCAGAGGUUUGAUUCAGAGCUGGAGCAGAUUGAGCUGGUGAACAGCAUCAAGGGUCGUCAAGGUCGUCUGCACGGUGCCAGAGAGAGCGCCAUCAAGCAGAAUAUCGAGCGGGAGCGAGCGCAGUACGAGAGCGUGGGCUUAGAGAUCCCAGACUUCAUCAACACAAAACACCUGAAAACCUUCAGGGAGUGGACGGGAGACCUGAAGAAACUUCCAAACAUUAAGCUGAGAAAGGUUUCAAGCAAAGGCGUGGAAGUGAUGGACGUGGGAGAGGAGAAGAACGAGGCUUCUGAAGAAGAAGAAGACGGAGGAAUGGAAAGGAUGUGUGACGCCAGUUGACCUACAGUAGGACCCACAGGUUGGAGACACCUUCACAUUAGCGGGCUGGAGGAUGUCUCCAAACCUUUGAGCGGCACUGUCUAACUUUAACCAGCAGAUGGCGCCAGAUGUAAAGGAAGUGGUAGAGCAUAGCUGAGGUGGACUGUUCUUAUUCCUUGUUAGACAGGAAAAGGGAUCCUUGUCAUACCAAAGUGGUCAUCAUCAAAGACGCCAUCUGGCCUUGGCCUUUUGGCUGAAGACGACCGUCAGGAGACCAGGAUAAGGCUUCUAGACGCUGCUUUGGUGUCCAAAGGAAGACCAAAAUAAACCUUUACCGCAUCUUUAUGGA